CAAUCUUGGGAUUCCCUUCAAGUUUACUUACAUGUACUGCGAGACGCGCAAAUAUCCUUGGGUACUCGCGAACUUCUGUCAUGAAUUAUGUUGAAGGACUAUGUGGUUUCUUGCUUGUAAUACCUGGCUUGUACAUACCAGGCUGUUUCAAACCUUGAACACCGGACAUUACAAGUCCAUCAUUUACUUGCCCCUGGUUACAAUCAUGUCAACGAUAUUCAGGCCGCUUAGCAUUCACCCUGUUCAAUCCAAAGAUGCUGUGUUGCCAUUUCCAAAAGUUCUUGCUCUCCAUCGUCGGUCGCUGGCCUUGCUCUUUGCCUCACUCUCGCAGCCUCGCAAUGCAACUUCGUCAUGGCCGGCUAUAGGAACAUAACCUAUGAUGACACUCGAUUCGAUGUUCUCAAAUAUGCGGGAUCGUGGACUAACAAUGGGUCAUAUAAUGCUACUAGUGUUGGUGAAACCGGGACGCUAUCUUCUACGAAGGACCCAACAGCCAACGUAACCUUCAUCUUCCCUGAGUCAGCUAAUGCAUUCUACUACUAUGGCAUUCCUCGGUGCUGUGGGGGGUUGUAUGCAAUAUGUAUCGAUUGCGAUUUCGACAGCCUUAACACUGAGCCCGUCGAUGCUGUCAAUAGAACUGACGAUGGUAAAAAUCCUCCAGUCGUCUUGUACUCUAAAACCUUCGAUACACCAGGAGUACAUAAGAUUACCUUAACCAACCAGAACGACACACGAUUUCCCGGCGGAAAUUCGCAAUUAACACUGGACCGUUUUGUGAUUCAGGUUGAAGAUAACAGCAGUUCCGCUUCAAUAUCCUCGACGUCGACAUCUGGAGCAUCCUCCUUCAUCCCUGCAACCUCAUUGAUUGCCCCGGAGGCAUCCCAGUCGACCACAACUUCAUCUCCCGCCUCCAAACCGCCUAUAGGUGCUAUCGUCGGAGGAGUUUUGGGGGGCAUCGCGGCUAUCUCACUCUGCUUGAUUAUAUGGUUUUUUAUGCGACGUCGUCAUCACACCCAGCACAGCACCCAACCAGAACACAACAACACGAAUACAAGUUUCUAUACCAGUCCCAAUCAAUAUUCCCCUUUCAUUGUACCUCGCGCGAAUACGCAGACCCCCACCGCCUACACCGUGACGGACGCCACCUCUGAGUACACGUCACGGAGAACGAACAGGGCUUCCCUAGUUGGAGGUCCAUCAGUUUCGGAUCCAUCGUCGGGACGUAUACACCCUUCUUCAUCACGUAUGGCCUCCAGUGAACGCCUGCCACGGCGAGAAACUGAUGCAGGUCGAAUAGACGUUGAUGACGACGACGAUUUCGGAACGCUCCCGCCUGGGUACGAGGACAUUUUCAGCGGUGGACGCCUUAAUGGCGAACAAUCCGAGUCUGUCACCAGAGGACCGAGCCGCAGGUUGCCUAGACCUGAGCCUCAAAGGCCUCUUCCCUCACCUUCUGGGCAACCUCCAUCACAACCAUCCAAGUUCUGAUGUAUGUUGUCGAGUUAGACUCCAUCGCGAACUUGUCCAGUUUGAUGGGGACAACCUUUUGUUAGUUAUUUUGGAAUUUCCACUUCUAUAGUAUCUAUCUUAAGCUUCCAGAAAGUUGUUGUUUUCCAUCAGUUCUCCGACACUCCGACUUGCAUUUUGAUGUAGAGCAUGUACAGAAUAUGAUAUUUACUCGGGAAUUAAGCUUCAAUUACCACUACGCUGUUCAGUGGCUUGGUUGCUAGCUUUGCCCGUGCAUGCCGAGGCAUCUGAUCAGAGGGUUUCGGAAAGCUAUUUGUAUCACGGAUACUGCGAC